UGCCUUCACUGUAAGUGCUCCCAGGAAGAGCACAUCGUAACAGUUAUGCCUCUGGAGAUGGAGAAGACCGUCACGAAGCUCAUGUUUGACUUCCAGAGGAAUUCGACUUCUGACGACGACUCGGGCUGUGCCCUGGAAGAGUACGCGUGGGUCCCCCCCGGCCUGAAGCCCGAACAGGUGCACCAGUACUACAGCUGCCUGCCCGAGGACAAGGUCCCCUACGUCAACAGCCCGGGAGAAAAGUCUCGCAUAAAGCAGCUUUUGCAUCAGCUGCCGCCACACGACAAUGAGGUCCGCUACUGCAAUUCGUUGGAUGAGGAGGAGAAGAGGGAGCUCAAACUCUUCAGCAACCAAAGGAAGAGGGAAAAUUUAGGGAGAGGCAAUGUCCGGCCGUUCCCCGUAACCAUGACGGGAGCCAUCUGCGAGCAGUGCGGCGGCCAGAUCAACGGAGGGGACAUGGCCGUCUUCGCCUCGCGAGCUGGGCACGGCGUCUGCUGGCACCCUCCCUGCUUCAUCUGCAGCGUCUGCAACGAGCUGCUGGUCGACCUGAUCUACUUCUACCAAGACGGGAAGAUCUACUGCGGCAGGCACCACGCCGAGUGCCUCAAGCCCCGCUGCGCGGCCUGCGACGAGAUCAUUUUUGCCGACGAAUGCACCGAGGCCGAAGGGCGGCACUGGCACAUGAAGCACUUCUGCUGCUUUGAAUGCGAGACGGUGCUGGGGGGGCAGAGGUACAUCAUGAAGGACGGCAGGCCCUACUGCUGCAGCUGCUUCGAGUCCCUCUACGCCGAGUACUGCGACACCUGCGCCCAGCACAUCGGUAUCGACCAGGGCCAGAUGACGUAUGAUGGCCAGCACUGGCAUGCCACCGAGACCUGCUUCUGCUGUGCGCAGUGCAAGAAGUCCCUGCUGGGACGGCCCUUCCUGCCCAAGCAAGGGCAGAUCUUCUGCUCCAGGGCCUGCAGUGUCGGCGACGACCCCAACGGCUCUGACUCCUCCGACUCGGCUUUCCAGAGCGCACGAGCCAAGGAGUCCCGCCGCAGCGCCAAGAUUGGCAAGAACAAGGCGAAAAGCGAGGAGGGGGCGCGCAGCCCAUGCAACCAGCUGCAGGUCACCUCCAACCGCCUCUCCACCGACGUGGACCCGCUGUCCCUGCAGAUGGAUUUGCUGAGCCUGGCCAGCCAGACACCGAGCCUCAACAGGGAGCACUUGUGGAGGAGCCGGGACGAGCUCUAUCACUACGGGAGCAAAAUGGAGCAGAGUCAGUCCCAAAGCCCUUUGCAGCUUCUCAGCCAGUGCAACAUAAGGACCUCCUAUAACCCCAGCCAGGUCCCGGGCUCACAGCCAGAUUUAUGGGGGAAACAUUUCAGCAACCCAAAGAGGAGCUCCUCGCUGGCGAUGAAGGGCCACGGUGGCAGCUUCAUCCAGGACUGCAGAGAGGACUACUACUCGGGGAGGCUUCGCUCGCAGGAGAGCUACAGCGACAUGUCCAACCAGAGCUUCCCCGAGACCAGAGGAAGUCUGAAAGUCCCCAAGUACGAAGACGAAGAGGAAGGCGGGAUGCCGACGCCGCAGUGCCGCACCCGGCACCCCAUCAACGCCCUCAAGUUCACGGAGGACCUGACGCCCACCGAGCAGACUCCCCGUGGCUCCAUGGAGUCCCUCGCGCUCUCCAAUGCAACAGGCCUCUCGGCAGACGGUGGGGCCAAGCGCCAGGAGCAUCUCUCCAGGUUCUCGAUGCCUGACCUGAGCAAAGACUCUGGCAUGAACGUCUCGGAGAAGAUGAGCAACAUGGGCACCCUGAACUCCUCCAUGCAAUUCCGAAGCGCCGAGUCCGUCCGCAGCCUGCUGUCGGUGCAGCAGUACCAGGACAUGGAGCCCAACCUGCACGACCUCGCCAGCCCCCUCGGGUACCGAGAGCGGCCGUCGCACGGGCGGAUGCACCAGAGCUUCGACUACGGUAGUGGGGUGCCCGGGGGCAAGCUGGGGGUGCAGGAGGGCCCGAGGCACACCCCCAUGAGCGAGCGCACACGCCGGCGAACUAACCUCCGGGAUGAUGACCGGCAUUACCGACCGCACCGGCCCCGACGGUCUCGACGUUCCCGGUCGGAUAAUGCCCUGCACCUGGCCAGCGAGCAGUGCUGCCGGCUGAAGGAGAGACCUUCGCUGCGAGCCAGGGAGGACUACGACCAGUUCAUGCACCAGAGGAGCUGCAGAGAGACGGUGGAGCAGGGUCCCCGCCGGGACGUCUACGGCCACUGUCCCCGGACGGUGUCGGAUCUCGCCUUGCAGAACCACUUGGGUGAGAGAUGGGGGCCCUACUUCGCCGAGUACGACUGGUGCUCGACCUGCUCCUCCUCUUCGGAGUCCGACAACGAGGGCUAUUUCCUCGGGGAGCCGAUUCCCCAACCCGCCCGCCUCCGGUACGUGACCAGCGAGGAGCUCCUGCACAAGUACGGCUCGUACAGCAUGCCCAAGUCUUCCACGCUGGGUGGCAGGGGACAGUUGCACAGCCGGAAAAGACAGAAGAGCAAAAACUGUAUCAUAUCCUAAUGGCAUCCUUGCCGGGCACCUUGGGAGAAUGUAAAUUAACUCACAAACUUGCACUGUUUUAGAUCAUGUAAGCGCUUUUAUUGUAACAAAAAAGACCUGAAGAGUAGGGGUUUGUAAGAAGGUUGUAGACUGGCUUCUAUAAAUAGUCAUAAUCCUGGGCACGGUGAAUAUAUUUUGCACAUCUUUCUUUGGAGAAAAAAAAAACACAAACAACAACAAAAAAGUUCACUUUAGGCUGUAAUAUUUACCCAGUAGUUUUUCCUCUUUCUCCCAAAUACUGCCAACCUUUAGAGUUCUGUUUGUCCGUACGUUUUGGUUACCACUGUUGACUCUCAGCAUCAGUUUGCCGUUAGCUUUUGCUUUCCACCAUGUUUUUGU